AUGAAGCCUGAAAGAACAUCCUUUUCCAGCACUGAAGUGUACGCCGUCGGCGAUUGGGAUAAGCUGAAGAUACUCCUAUGGAAGAAUUGGACUCUUCAGUGGAACCAAAAAAUCCAAAUUCUAUGCUGUCUGCUUAUACCAGUGUUGCACAUGCUCCUUAUUUUACUUAUCCGCCUGAUGGUGCUACCCGAAUCGAAGCCGGAAAUUCGCUACCAACCGGAAUCAAUAUCGGACCUCAAGCUUUACAUGACAAAGGUUACACAGGGAAAUAGAAUACUGCACGAGAAUGGAUCACUUAAUAUACCACGUAAUUUCCUUUGCUACACUCCAGAUUCGCCCGUUAAUAGUGCUAUUAUGAAGGCUGCGGUUCUGCGGCUCAGACUUCUGGGGACUCGACCCUAUGACACCGCAUUGCAUAUGGAACGGGAUAUGGUGAUGCAUAACUUUUUGGCUGGAGUGCAAUUCGAAGAGAAUUCUGGGGCCAAAAUUGACAUUGGAUAUCCGCUUAAUUUCAACUAUUCCCUGCGCUUUCCCAGUGAGUUGCGGACCAUGGAAGGGCCCAUUAUAGAGACAUGGAGUACGUCCAGAUUAUAUGUAUCCUAUGACGCCAGUGGACCCCGUAAUAGAGAGCAGAACGAUGGUGGAGUUCCGGUCGGUUAUAUUAGGGAGGGCUUUCUGCCCAUCCAGCAUGCCCUUACCAUGUCCUGGCUGACCUUGGCCGCUGGCAUUAAGGAUAAUGAUCUUCCGCAAAUACAUCUUCAGCGAUUUCCCUAUAGAGCCUAUAAUCACGAUCAAUUGCUGAACGGCCUGCGUCAACUACUGCCCUUCAUAAUCCUGCUGAGCUUCAUUUAUCCCUGCUCGGUGGUUACCAAGUAUGUGACGGCCGAAAAGGAACUUCAGCUCAAGGAGAUAAUGAAACUGAUCGGCGUUCACAACUGGCUGCAUUGGGUGGCUUGGUUCAUCAAGAGCUAUGCGCUGCUUAUGAUGGUGGCCUUUCUUAUAAUGCUAAUAGUCAUGGUAAAGUUUUACUCCUCCGUGGCUGUGUUUACAUACUCCUGUUGGUUUCCCGUUCUGAUAUUCCUGCACACCUAUGUCGUCUCCAGCAUUUGUUUUUGCUUUAUGAUUGCGGUUUUCUUCAAAAAAGCCAGCACAGCAUCGGCAGUGGCUGCGAUUGGCUGGUUUAUAACGUACAUACCAUAUUCGUUUGCCUUCUACUAUUACCAUCGUCUUUGCCUCUGGCAGAAGCUACUCAUUUCCCUGAUAUUUUCGAAUUCGGCCCUGGGAUUCGGCAUCCAUGUCAUUAUAAUGUGGGAGGGAACCGGCGAGGGAGUCACCUGGAAGAAUAUAUUCCACCCCGUCUCGGCGGACGAUGAUCUGACCCUGUUCUAUGUGAUCAUAACUAUGACUUUGGGGGCAUUAAUUUUCCUAACUAUAUGCCUUUAUGUGGAACAGAUACGCCCUGGUGAAUUUGGAGUACCUCGUAAGUGGAACUUUAUGUGCCGCAAAAACUUCUGGCGACGACUUAUGCCUUUUUCGGUGGUGGAAAACUCCCAAGGAAACCCAAGAUCUAAAGUGGCAAGUAAAAAGAGUUGCAAAAGUACUAGAGAAGUGGGCGUUCAGUUGUGCAACAUUCAAAAGACCUAUGGCAAACAUAGAGCAGUCAAGGGAUUGAGUUUAAAGAUGUAUCGCAAUGAAAUUACAGUAUUACUGGGUCACAAUGGAGCUGGCAAGACCACAACGAUAAAUAUGCUGACGGGAAUCGUAAGACCCACAAAUGGAACGGCCAUAGUCAACGGCUAUGAUAUUCGAGACCAAAUGGAUAAGGCUCGCCAAUCGCUGGGGAUUUGUCCGCAAAAUAAUAUACUCUUCAGGAACCUGAGCGUUCGCGAUCACAUCAUCUUCUUUAGUAAACUGAAGGGAAUACGUGGCACCAAGGCGGUGGAAAACGAGGUGGCCAAGUAUGUUACCAUGCUGAAUUUGCAGGAUAAAUCGUAUGUGGCUGCUGACAAACUUUCCGGUGGAAUGAAGCGAAAGUUGGCCCUUUGUUGUGCUCUGUGUGGAAAUGCCAAGGUUGUGAUUUGCGAUGAGCCAAGUUCGGGAAUCGAUGCCGCGGGACGCCGAGGUCUAUGGGAUCUGUUGCAGAGCGAAAAGGAAGGUCGAACUAUUCUGCUAACCACUCACUAUAUGGACGAGGCCGAUGUCCUGGGCGAUCGCAUAGCCAUCCUGGCUGAGGGAAGCCUGCAAUGUCAGGGUACUUCGUUUUAUCUAAAGAAAAAAUUCGGCACUGGCUAUCAAUUGGUGUGCAUAACAAAGGUGGGCUGUGAUGUAACCGCUCUGACCAAGUUGAUAAACCAGUAUGUUCCGCACAUAAAACCCGAAAGGCAGCUGGGCACCGAAUUAACCUAUCGUCUUCCCACCGAGUACUCUAAAAAGUUUGCAGGAUUACUAGAAAAUUUGGAUAAAAAUCGUGUUGAGUUGCAAUUGGAGGGUUACGGUUUGACUGGAGCCACCCUGGAAGAUGUAUUCAUAACAGUCAAUGCCAAUAAAAGAGUUCGGGGUGGUGAAGAGGUGGUUCAGGGUAGACAGAGCCUGGGUUUCAAGGAUAUAGUAUUUGAAAACAAAACGAGGGAAGAAAGACCUUUAAAUCGCUACUUGAUGUUUUGGCAGGCGCUAUUUCUAAAAAAGUUCUAUGUCACCAAACGAAAUUACUGGCUAAUGAUUAUACAGAUUUGCCUGCCCAUACUGAUUAUGACCUUGACCAUAUACAAUUCUCGGGGCGGCAGGAUUUACUAUGAAUUACCUCCAAUGCCCGUCUCCAUUUAUCAGUACAAACACACCUAUGUUGUGUUGGAGGACCAAGAUCAGGCUUCGGGAAUAGCUAAGGAUUAUACGAGAUAUUUGGAGCAUUUUGGAAAGAGAUAUACGUUGCUAAAGACUGGAGACUUGAAAUUUGAGGACUACAUACUGAGUCUUGGGGUGAGUCAUAGCCGAAGGGUUGACUACGAUUACCUAGCGGGCGUUACCAUUGGCAGGGAAAACUUAACGGUGUGGCUGAACAAUAAGCCCCUUCACACCGCUCCAUUGACUCUCAACGUAUUGCACAAUGCCUUGGCCCUGAAAUUACUGGGCAAAGAUGCCUCGACGUACGUAACUAACGAACCACUACCCUAUAGCGAUGAUACCAAAACCUUGCGCCUGAAUAAGGGUCAACGUUUGGGCGCCGAAAUAUCCAUUAACUUAUCCCUAACCAUGUGUUCCGUAACGGCCUUCUAUGCGAUUCCGAUCAUCAAGGAGCGGGAGACUAGGGCCAAGCUAAUGCAGCUUUUGAUUGGCGUGGAUGUGUGUGCCUACUGGCUGAGUCACCUGAUAUGGGAUUAUCUAAUACAUAUCCUAUCAUCCCUAUCGGCUGUAUUUACGAUCGCCGCCUUCCAGGAAAUUGGCUACUCAACUCCCUUGGAACUCAGUCGCUACUUCUUCUUGCUGCUCAUAUUUGGACUGGCUGCUCUUCCUGUGAGUUACGUAAUGGCCGGUUGCUUUUCCGAUCCGGCCACGGGUUACACUCGCAUUGCCAUCUUCAAUACCUUGACGGGAACUGGAAUGUUUCUGCUGGUUAUAACCCUCAAUUUCGAUGCCUUCCACAUGAAGGAAUUGGCCGACGAGUUGUCCUGGUACUUUCGAAUAUUUCCCCACUUCAGCUUGGCCAGUUCCACGCACAACAUCCACAUAGGCUCGAAUAUUCGGCGAGGCUGCAGUAUGACUGGCAUACGGAAUUUACCCAAAUCAUCGCGUUGCCGCAAUGUUCCACUGUGCUGUGAUAUUCCGGAUUUCUUUGGCUGGCGAUUCCCUGGUGCCUUGCCAGAUAUCAUAUAUCUCCUGGUGGUGGGCCUAAUAUUAUUUUUGAUACCCAUUUUGCAAGACGCUAGGGUGAACGAUUUUAUUGGAGAAAAGGUAUACAAACUGUUUUCGAACCGAAAGCGUUCUACAGGAGGAUCUUCGGCGGAAAAUGAGGAUGUACUCGCUGAGCGAUUGCUAGUGCGGGAAAUGAUUAAGUCGAAACGAAAGGAUGUACCUCUUUUGGUGGACAACAUUACCAAGCGCUAUAAGGAUAAGCUCGCCGUUAGGGGAGUUUCGUUUCACGUCCCCCAUGCCGAAUGCUUUGGUCUCCUGGGCAUCAAUGGAGCCGGUAAGAGCUCAACCUUUAAGAUGCUCGCUGGGGAUGAGAAAAUCACCUCAGGCGAUGCCUAUUUAGAUGGCCUAAGCAUAGCUUCCCAUAAAGUUCACGGCAAAAUCGGCUAUUGUCCACAGUUUGAUGCCCUUUUCGAGGAUCUGACUGGUCGGCAAACGCUAAAGAUCUACUGCCUUUUGAAGGGUGUGCAACGUCGUCAUGUAAAUCCAAUAUGCCUUGCACUGGCCAUUUCCUUUGGAUUUUCCCAACAUUUGGAUAAGCAAACGAAGUAUUAUAGUGGCGGUAAUAAGCGAAAACUAAGCACUGCCAUUUCGGUACUGGGAAAUCCCUCGGUCUUGUAUCUGGAUGAACCCACCAGUGGCAUGGAUCCCGGGGCACGGCGACAACUGUGGCAAGUAAUUGGUCAUAUUCGCACUGCCGGCAAGUCCAUUGUCCUGACCUCUCACAGUAUGGAUGAGUGCGAGGCCCUGUGCACCCGAUUGGCCAUAAUGGUGGAUGGCGAGUUUAAGUGCAUAGGAACGGUGCAAACCCUAAAGAAUCAGUACUCAAAAGGGCUCGUUCUGAAAAUAAAGGUCAAGCACAGGAAGAAAACAUUUCAGAGAAUUGUGGAAAAUUCGUCUUCCUCAAGCCAACAUAAUUCGGUUGCCGACAUUGAUUCCAAAGAUAUUAGAGUGGGUUCUAUUGUGGAACAUAGUUUGGCAGAUCGAAUUCUUAAGCUUCAUAGAUUUAUACUUAGAGAGAUCCCUGACGCCGAACUCAAAGAGGAAUACAACGGACUUAUAACAUACUAUAUACCACAGACAAAAAUAUUGGCCAACAUUUUUCAGAUCCUUGAAUCGAACUUGCAAAAGCUAAAUAUUGAAGACUAUUUAAUUAUGCAGACACGAUUGGAGGAAAUAUUCCUGGACUUUGCUUUAAAGCGUGAUGGUUCUUUAAUAAUUAAAAAGAGUGAGUUCAACGCUGAGCAUGAAGUGGUGCCCAGGAUUGGCAAUGAAUCCUUACUCAAGGCCUCAACCACUCGGCUUCCCAUUUAA